AUGAAGCUACGGCGAAUUGCUGAUGCGCUUUCAUCACCGACUUUCAACAGCCGGUCCUCGACCAACGGCCACGACGCCCUCGACGAGAAACUCACCCGACUCUCCCAGAAACAAGGCGUCAAGGCGACAGUCGUCCUCGACCGCGCUUCAGGCGCCAUACUGCGCACCACAGGCCAGCUGUCCACGCUCAACGCGGCGGCGGCAGCGCUCGCAGGGUCGGGGCAGGGCAGCGCUGCUGCAGCGCCGGGCGGGGAGGGACAGGCGCUCGACGGAUUCGCGGCCAAGGUGUGGGCCUGGGUGAACGCCUCGGGUAGUCUGGUCGAGGAGCUGGAUGCAGAGGUGAGCAGGGCCACUACACAUGUGCCUGACAGAACACUGGAGAGAGAGGGGGAGCGAGAGAACCCGUGCUAA